AUGCGUGGAUUCAUUGUCUUGUGUCUCUCUGCCGUAGCGUUGGCUGCACCUCAGGGCUACAACUAUAAUCCUGGACCCUCAGCUGUCGGAGGCCUGAGCAGCGUCAGUGGCAGCGGCGCCAGCUUCUUUCAGGCAGCUCAGCAGCAGCAGCAGCAGCAGGUUCAGUAUCAGCAGCCCCAGCAGCAGACCUUCUUCCAGCAACAGUCCGGUGUCAAUCAGCAGUACCAUGCGGAGCCACAUCAUCAGCAGCAUCAGCAGCCAAUUGUAUCCAAACGCUUUUUCAUUCACUCGGCGCCCGAGGACGUUGAGGAGGAAUACAAGGAGCGUCACAUUACAGUGGGCGUACCCAAGCGCAACUAUAAUGUAGUCUUCAUCAAGUCCCCACAGCGCUCCAACAAGAAGACAUCCAUUAAGAUCAGCCCCGCCGUCAACGAGGACAAGACUGUCAUCUACGUGCUAAGCAAGAAAACCGACAGCUCCGAUGUCCAUGCCGAGGUUGUCGAGCAGGCUAGCUCCACCAGUAAGCCAGAGGUGUUCUUCAUUAAGUACAAGACCAAUGAGGAGGCGGCACACGCCCAGCAGCAGAUCCAGGCCCAAUACGAUUCCCUCGGCGGAACCAGCCAGCUGACCGAUGAGGGUGUCGCUCCCGUCACCUCUGUCAUCGGCGCUCUCGGUGGCCAAGCUGGCGGUGAUGCUGGCGUCACAGCUGUUGGUAGCACCGGCAUUGGCGCUUCUGCCGGUCAGGUCAUCUCACAUCAAGCUGUCUCCAGCGGACAUGGUCACGCAAGCAAUGCUUACCUGCCGCCCAAUUUCUAA